AGCUGCGAGAGCAGAGCUCAGCCCUUCGUCGUUGCUGCUGCUGCUUCCCUGGGUCCCUCCUUCCGCAUCUUUGCCUCUGCCUGGCCACGAGCCCGGGCUCGUCCUUCCUCCUCCUCCUCUCCUCCUCCUCCUCCUCCUCCUCACACAGCCUUCACUUGCUCUGCCGCCUGUCGGGGCGACGCUCAUAUGAAGCCCCAUCCACAACGACAACAGUAGCAGCCACCGCUGCUGCUGCUGCUGCUGCUGCAGGUAACUCCCCCCCCCUUCCCCUUCUCCUCUCAGCUCCUUUGCUGCUCCUUCAGCAGACGAUGACAGUUUGGGGCAGGUCUGCAAGUCUCAGCCCCGGAGCAAAGAGAUAAAGCAAUAAGAAGAAGGAAGGAGCAGGUGAGCAGGAGCAUCUGCACAGGUUGAAAUCACAGAUUUGCAUCAACGUAUUGAGCUCAUUGAAAUCCCAAGUACAGUGGCUGAGAUUUGCUCUCUUUGCAUCAAAUGUUCAUCUCCCCAUCAGCGACAAUGAGUUCCACAACCCAACCAGAUGGAGUUUCAGGACGUGACCAGCUUUUGGCUCAGCAAAGAACGCACAGUAUGAUCAGCUCAGUGGAUGUGAAAUCAGAAGUUCCUGUGGGAUUAGAACCUAUCACACCAUUAGACUUACGGACAGAUCUCAGGAUGAUGGUUCCCAUGGUGGACCCAAUGAUACGUGAAAAGCAGCUACAGCAGGAACUACUCCUGAUCCAGCAGCAGCAGCAAAUUCAGAAACAGCUCCUGAUAGCAGAAUUUCAAAAGCAGCACGAGAACCUGACGCGGCAGCACCAAGCUCAGAUCCAGGAACAUAUAAAGUUACAACAGGAACUCUUAGCCAUUAAGCAACAACAAGAACUCCUUGAAAAAGAACAGAAACUGGAGCAACAGAGGCAAGAACAGGAACUGGAAAGGCAUCGCAGGGAGCAACUUCCUCCAAUCAGAAGCAAAGAAAGAAGCCGUGAAAGAGCAGUGGCCAGUACAGAAGUGAAGCAGAAACUUCAAGAGUUCCUACUGAGUAAAUCAGCAACAAAAGACUCUCCAGCCAAUGGGAAGGAUCAUUCCAUUAGCCGACACCCCAAGCUCUGGUAUACGGCCGCCCACCAUACCUCAUUGGAUCAAAGUUCUCCGCCCCUUAGUGGGACAUCGCCUUCCUACAAAUACACAUUACCAGGAGCACAAGAAGCCAAGAAUGAUUUCCCACUUCGAAAAACUGCCUCAGAGCCCAACUUAAAAGUUCGUUCCAGAUUAAAACAAAAGGUAACGGAAAGGAGAAGCAGUCCUUUACUCAGGAGAAAGGAUGGGACGGUUGUCUGCUCAUUCAAGAAAAGAUUGUUUGAGGUGACAGAAUCAUCAGUCAGUAGCAGUUCCCCAGGAUCAGGCCCCAGUUCACCAAGUAAUGGCCCAACUGGAAAUACAGAGAAUGAAACCUCAGUGUUGCCAACCAAUUCCCAAACUGAGCAUUUGGUUCCACCACAACACAUUUGCAUCAGUGAAGAAUCAAUGAACCUUUUGAGUCUCUACACAUCCCCUUCUUUGCCUAACAUCACAUUGGGACUUCCAGCAGUACAGCCACAACUCAGUGCAUCGUCACCAUUCAAAGAAAAACAGAAGUGUGAGACCCAAACAAUCAGGCAAGGAGUAGUUCUGCCAGGACAAUACAGGGGAAGCAUCUCUGCACCUUCUGCCCCUCAGCCCAUUGCCCUAGAAGGAAAGCCAAACAGCAGCCACCAAGCUCUCCUCCAGCAUUUAUUAUUGAAGGAACAAAUGAGACAGCAAAAACUUCUGGCUCCAGGAGGGGUGCCUCUUCAUCAACAGUCACCACUGGCAACAAAAGAAAGAGUCUCACCUGGCCUAAGAGUUGCACAUAAGUUACCUAGACAUAGGCCGCUAAAUCGAACCCAGUCAGCUCCACUUCCUCAGAGCACCUUGGCUCAACUGGUUAUUCAGCAACAGCAUCAGCAAUUUCUGGAGAAACAGAAACAGUAUCAGCAACAGAUCCACAUGAACAAAGGGAAUUACAGUUCAUCUGAAGUAGACUCUGAGGUGGCCUUUGCCUCUGUGUCCCUGGAUCCUUCCAACAGGGCAGUUGGUUGUAGAUGGCCCUGUAGAAAAAGGGAUAGCCCAACUGGAGCGGGCUCUGAGAUACUUUCCAAAUCUAUUGAACAGUUAAAACAGCCUGGUAGCCUAGAAGAAGCUGAGGAGGAACAUGGAGAACAUUUGAUGCAGGAAGAAAGAGCGCCCUUUCUUGGUAGCAGCAUUAGGGAUGACAGCAGUAGUAUUUCUUUGGACGACAGACUGGUUCAGCCUUUGGGGGCUGUGAAGGUGAAAGAGGAACCACGGGACAGUGAUGAUGAUAUUCAGAGUCAGCAAAUGGAAUCUGGGGAGAAAGCUGCUUAUAUGCAACAGGUAAUAGGCAAAGAUAUAGCUCCAGGCUUUGUAAUUAAAGUAAUUAUCUGAGUACUCUUACAAUAAGCAUUUCUGAAUUCUUGAUGAAACAAAAUGUGUGGGUUUUUCCCCAUCCGCAGAGUUCAAUUGAAUUGCGUGUUUUUAGCAUUCAGCAAAUCUAACAAUGGCAGAUGCUUUCACACCUUAAGCAUAAUGAGAAAGUUCUUGUUAAAUCGAGGAAAACUUAUUGCUGUGUAAGCCUUUGGGUUAUUCAUAGAAUGCAUAUUAGCUCUAAUGGAUUCUACCACAUUAGUUAGUUCUAGUGAAAUGGAACUCGUUGUAUGAACUUAUUGUGGAGAUCAGCUACUGCUGAUCAGACCUCAGAAUUGCUCUCUAUUUCAGUGUCUCUCCAUCUCUAAACUUCUUUGACAUCUCAAUGUACACUUUUAUCAAUUUGUAUAUAAUGUACCAUAUUGUAGUCCUAAACACUGUUAAAAAGAAGGGGAUUUCCCCCUUCCCUUGGUAGAUAAAUACUACUCUCAGUGAUCUAACCUUUGUAUAUAGAAUCUAACCUGGACGUUCUUCAAAUGGAAGGCAAAUGACAGACAUAGAAUGCACUUUCAAAAAUGAAAUAGGUUUUUCUUUUCUGCAUUACUUAAUUUUAUGCCGCAGCUCCUUAUCCCUAUCUUCAUCUGUUUCAUUUGACGAUAAUUGACAUGUGCAUCAUUAUGCGUCAGCUGAAUGCAUGAUAUACCUAUAUUUGUGUUGAGAUGGUGGUGGUAAGGAACCAAAUUAUUAUUACAAUUUGUCUUUUCUCAUUUAUUUAUUUAUUCAGCAAAAGCUAAAUACAACGAUAGCACAAAACCUAGCACAGAGGUUUACAUGCUCAUACCAGUGGUGGGGAAACACAUUUGUGUUUCCAGCACCCACCUUGGGGCCAAGUUUUUCCAGUACACUCCUCUUCUAGUUAGAAAGGCAGUAAGCCAUUCAUUCCAGAGUGCCCAGUCAAAGCCAUUGAGACUGUUCUGGAAUAACUGUAGCCUUAGCGGACUUAGCUUAUCCAGAACCCUAGCCAAGUACUCUGUGUCAAGUACAGGGGAAUAUCUAGGCCUGAUUUAUCUUGGGAAAUUUGUCCAAGAAUGUCUGAAAACAGAGGCCUGGUUGACAAAUAGUUUUGAAUAUUGUUUUAAGUGUUUUACUAAGACAUGCAUGCAGAUGUAGGUAGUUGUGGCUCCAGAAGGACCAUAGUCCUUUUGUAUGCUCUGAAAUCAGAACAACUCAGUAUGCAGUAGAAGCUGCUGUUUACUUAAGUCAUUGCUGUGUCAGGUCCCUGCUGUUCUCCUGCAGAAAAGUAAUUGUGUGAAGGUGGACAGGAAAUGCCUUAUAGAAACAGGAAGUCCAAGUGAUUCAUGCACCGUGGAAUGUAAGAGGGGGAAGCAGAGAGAUAGGUUUUUAGUCUCCUUUUUCUAAAGCACACUCUAUGAAUUGAUUUAUUGUUAAAGAAAAUAACAAAGCAAGUAGGGAAAUUGUUAAGGAAGCUUUCCAGUGAAACAUUUCCUUUAUGUUCCCUUUUGAUAUGUUUACUUUGUUGUAGAGGUUUACUUUUGUUAAGCUAAAGAUGCAUUGUAUUAAGACCCCUUUAAUAUGGAUAAUCCACAACUGACCUGGAAUUCUUGUCAGUUUUUUUCUAUUAAAAUAUUUAUAUUUCUAAGGUAUUUUAAGGUGCAGUAUCCUUUUCAAAAGAGAGAGCUGUUUUGCCAAACAGAAAAGUUGUUCUAAUAUAAGCAAGUAGCGUUUACAUUUUUUUCUUAUUUUCUAGAAUCCUAUAUAAAAUGUUGCAGUUUUGAAAGAUACAUUAUCCUUUACCCCCCUCAAAAAAACCACAUAUCACUAACAGACUUGUUGCACCAGCAAAUAUAGUUUGCUCCACUGCUGGCCAUUUUUCUACUCAUAUCAUUUCACUAUAGAAACACUUGCACACACGAUAAAUAUACUGUCUUGUGUGACACAUGUACAAACCUAUUCCACUCCAUGUGUGCGUGAUAACAACUGUAGCUCAUUGCAUCUUCCCAUCAUGUUAUAUACACAGCAAGCAACCUUGUGAGUGCUCAUCACAUGUGAUGAUGUACACAUUUUUUCCUUCACAGAAGAAACUCUAAGGUAAGAACAUGGAGAUGUGUGAGGCAAUUCCAAGUGUUUUAAGGUAUCGGAGCAACACAACACUGUUGUCCAGAUAUGUCAUAUUUUGGGAACUGGAGACACUUCCCCAACAUUUGUAUUUCCUGGAGUCCAGUUGUGUAGGGUGUUCAGCUGGUGCUACUUCCCUCUGGUUCUCAACAGUCCCUGAGAGUUAGUCUCAAGAGAAAGACCCUCAUCUCAUGGUCCCGCUUAUGUGCAAUGCAGCUCCAACAGAACCAUAGAAAUCCACCAUUCUGGCAAACUCUUAACUCCAUGCAGCACUUUUUUAUUUUCUUUUGUGUGCUGGUGUUGGAAAUCUUCAUGCCAAUGUUUAAGAACAAAAUGCUAUUUUUGACCGAGGUCACAAAAAAUAUUUCCAUUAGCUUUAUUAGAAGAUGCAUAAACAUGGGCUUUCUGGUUUAAGCUGCAAGAUUACUUGUCUUUCUUCUUGAAGAAAAGUAAUUUGAUCUUUAAAACCAUAAAGCUGAAAUAGGGGAAAAUACACAUUUUCUUCUUAUGCAUUUUUCCAUAAUCUGAUUUUAGCCCACUCAAAAAGGGAUAGUGCAUCUUUUAAAAUACAUUUUAUUUGGGCAAACAUCUGAAUAUAAGCAAAUUUUUGUACAAUGAUAUUUUAAAAAGUGUAACUGCAAAGAUAUUUUUGUAAUGAAUUGAGGAGAGUUACCCCAGUAUAGCCAGUGAACUUCCAUGUCACUCCAUUUUUUAAGAGAGAAGUUACCUGGAACCAGUGAAAAAGGAAAACUGGGUUUAUGCAACCAUAUUUCUAAUUGCAAACUGUCGCAUUUUAAAUCUAUUGUAUUUAUUAUAAUUUACACCUUUGGUGAUCUCUUGUUUUGUGUUGUAAAUAUAUUCUGUUUGUAUGUUCCCUAUUUUGCCUUCUGAUACAAGUCUA